CGGGGAAUCAUGAGUGACAGCAGACCGCUGCAGGCUCAAGAUGGUCCAUUUUUCAUGUUGCCUUCAGGAAACCUGGGAAUGAACAUAAUUUAUCAAACACCUCCUGCACUGUAUUAUUUGAUAAUGUUUAGAAAACAUGUCAUGCAUAACUGCUAAAACUCAGUUACUAAAGCUCUUUCAAGCAGUAAUGUGUACAAAUUACGCCGUAACUGAUCAAUUAUGAGACGUUUUCCCAGCCACUACGUGAGAAGUGGUCAUUUCCCAUGCUCUCAAAGUAGCGCGCAUUGUAUCGGGUGGGGGCUGCUGUUAACUUGUCCCUCAGUGAACGAUGGCGUCGUCUUCCAACAACACUGCUGGCGCGAACAAUCAGGAGCAGCUAAAAAGAGAGAUGCUUCAGCGACUACUGCAUAAAGUUUCCCAGGUCAUGCACAGACAACCCCUCGAUGUGGACUAUUUGCAGUUUGUUAUCGACCAUGAGAUGGUCCUUUUAAGAUCUUUGUCCGAUCAGGUUGAGAUCCCUCAAAGUAUUAUAAAUGCUCUGAUAGAGCUGUCAACUGUGCUCAGUAUGGAGGACGUCAAUGAACAAACCCCCUCUCAGAUGUCAGUGUCAGAAGGAAAGCUGGGACGUCCAAAUUACAAUGUAUCGCCUGUACAGCUCCAGAUACUGACAGAAAUGUUCUUAUCAAUCACCCAAAUUGCAAAACUUCUUGGAAUAUCUGUGAGGACGGUGAAACGUCGUUUGCAUGAAUAUGGCAUUUCCAUAAAGCAGUGCUACGGUACAACAAGUGAUGAAGAGCUGGACAAUUUAGUAAGAUCUAUAAAGACAAGAACACCUCAUGUUGGAUACAGGAUGAUGAAAGGGAUGCUUCAAGCCAUGGGCCACCAUGUACAGUGGAAGAGAGUGUACUCGUCGAUGCACCGUGUGGACUCUGCUGGUAUUUUCUCAAGAAUGACAAGGCUGGGAUUUGUGGUCCGAAGGACAUAUUCAGUGCAAGGUCCUCUUUACUUGAUGCAUAUAGACACAAACCAUAAACUAAUAAGAUUUGGCCUGGUGAUAUUCGGAGGGAUAGAUGGGUACUCAAGAAAGAUCAUGUACCUGGGUGCUGCUGCCAACAACAGAGCAUCAACUGCACUUGCUUUCUUCUUGGAGGCUGGUACAAAAGUAUGGCUUUCCAUUGAGAGUUCGAGGGGAUCAAGGGGUGGAAAAUGUUGGAAUAGCAAGAUGCAUGUUCACCAUCUGGGGCUGUGGAAGAGGAAGCUUUCUGUCAGGCAAGAGUGUUCACAACCAAAGAAUAGAGCGCUUGUGGCGAGAUGUGUGGAUGGCUGUUUCAAGCGUGCACUAUGAAACCCUUCACAACCUCGAGGAUGAAGGCCUUCUGGAUCCAACUGAUGGUGUCCACAUGUUUUGUGCCCAACAUACAUUUCUUCCACGUCUGCAGAGGGAUCUGGAUGUCUUUAGACAGGGUUGGGAUAACCACCCUCUAAGGACAGAGAGGAAUCUGUCCCCACAACAACUGUGGACACUGGGACUCCACCAGAAUCCAGUUGAUACUCCAGACACAGUGGAGGAAAUCGAGGAUGCGUACUUGGAUGUCAACUCUAUUGGUGAGCUGGAUGGGAGCAAUCCUGGAGUAAUUCUUCCAUCUGUUGAAUGUCCUCUAUCUGAGGAGGACAUGGCAAGACUAAGAGACACUGUCAAUGUAACAAGGCCCUCUCAGUCACAUGGCCGAGACAUUUAUUUGGAUGUACUUAACUUUGUACUAACUCACCGUUCCUAGGCGGCAACAUUUUUAUUUUGAAUUUUCAACCCAGAGAAGGUUCAUGAAUAGCUCAGACUUUUAUUUGAUGUGAUGUGAUAUACAUGUAAAAUGAACCUGCCAGGAAAUUAUAUUGUGAACACUCAAACAUCACAUUACAAACUAUUUUUUUUGUCUCUGGCACAUUUUUCAACAGUAAACCUGUAUGUUUUUGUGUGCUUCAUGCCACUCAUUAAAGAACUCUGGCUGUCAAUCUC